AUGGAUAAUGAUCAAGACAUGACGUUGUCAUCAACUUCACGUUCUGCGUCAUCGUCACCAUCGUCACCUCUACCAAAGCAACAGCAGCAGGGAAAUGAUAGUCUAUAUCAAAAAUUGCCCCGUCUUUCAUCCACACCUCCUGUUCUCUCCUCUCCUACUCAUUUCACUAGGUCCAAUAAUCAUACACCGAUGCGAUCGCCUAUACCUAAAAAACCCUCCAACAAUACUAGCAUGCUUCCAGAAUCACCCAGGCUAGUCGGUCAAGAUUCUUUGAGGUCGCCUACACAGCUUCAGUUUCAACAUGCUGAGACCACAUAUUGUGGCGGCCAUGAACAUAGUUUUCCAGGUGUAUCUUACUCUGCUCCUUCUACUCCGAAAUUAAUCUCCGUUAGUGGUACUAUCCCUUUAAAUAAGGAAUCUUCAGGUUACAAUGAACCGACUUUCCAUCAGCUAAAUCUUUCUCGUUCCGAUCCCAAAUCUCCCAAAAGGUUUGCAAGCCCCAAGCAACUUUUUACGGGAUCACCUGUGGCUUCUGCAUUGUCUAGCUCAGUCAAUAUUGGAGUGAGUGAGCUGAAAAGUGAAACCAGUUCUUUAUUAAACUUAGGCACUAGACACCCAAGAAACCCUAAAGCUUUGCCAGAAUCUAAUCUUAAAUAUAGCAGAGGCUAUAAUUAUGGAUCAAUCAAUCUGGGGACAAGCAAUAAUAAACAACGACACAAUAUUAUUGAAGAGCAAAUAAAACUUCCAAAAAAAACAAUUAGAGAUAAGAUAUCAUAUUAUGUGCCCUUGGUUUCUUGGUUACCAUUUUAUACAGUUUCUGAUUUCUUAGGAGACUUGAUCGCUGGAAUUUCUCUUGCGUCAUUUCAAAUACCUUUAUCUUUGAGUUAUGCCACUUCUUUGGCCCAUGUCCCCACUGUUUGUGGUUUAUAUGCUUUGAUUAUUCCACCAAUUGUGUACAGUAUCUUCGGUACUGUUCCUCAAAUGAUAGUUGGUCCUGAGGGUGCGAUUUCGUUAGUAGUGGGACAAGCUGUGGAGCCAAUCUUGAAACAUGAAGGUGAAAAUGGAAUAACUGGUAAUGAUUUAGUAGUGAUUAUAUCUGCAGUAAGCGGUGGUGCUUUAUUGGGAGCAGGAUUGCUAAAGUUUGGGUUUUUAGAGAAUGUUUUGAAUGGGGCUUUAUUAAAUGGAUUUAUCUCGGCAGUGGGGGUGGUAAUGAUUAUCAAUGGUUUGAUUGAAGAAUUGAAACUCCUGGCCAUUUUCAGUAAAUUGCCAGGACAUGAGCACUCACCAGUUGCGAAGGUGAGAUUUUUAUGGAACAACAUAGAAAAUGCGCAUUAUCCAACCGUUAUUAUUAGCGUGGUCACAUUUUCUGUCAUCAUUGGAUCUAGAAUCUUGAAGAGGUAUGUGAAUAAUAAACCUUCUCUUGCAAAAUACAGAGCUUUCUCAAUUUUCUUCCCUGAGAUUCUAUUCACGGUGGUAGUGACGACUUCAUUAUCAUGCUUCUUACAGAUUGAUAAGGUUUAUGGGAUUGAGGUUCUCGGAGAGAUCAAAGCCAUUGGAUUCAAUCUUGAGAAUCCGUUUAACAGAUUCGAGGACUAUCAUGGUGAACAAUUCUUGAGAACUCUAAUUGGGGCAGGCUAUAUGACAGCAAUUCUUGGAUUUUUCGAAAGCACUACUGCCCUGAAAUCCUUGAGCACGCAACUCGAUCUUGAGGUAUCACCAGAUAGGGAGUUGUUUGCCCUUGGAAUGAUUAAUAUAUGCGGAUGUUUUUUUGGAGCACUACCAUCCUUUGGGGGUUAUGGGAGAUCAAAAAUCAAUGCGUUAUCUGGAGCUAAGACUACUUUUAGUGGUGCAAUCAUGGGGAUCGUUACAUUAAUUGUGACCAUUCAUAUGCUAUCACUCAUUUAUCACUUGCCUAAAUGUUUGUUAUCUGUCAUUUCCACGGUUAUUGGAGUAUCUUUACUUGAAGAAGCUCCUUCUAAUCUUAUGUUUCAUUGGAGGGCCAGAGGUUAUAAUGAACUAGUGACAUUUUUUAUUACAAUAUUUGCUACACUUUUUUCAUCACUUGAAUUGGGAAUAACUGUUGGGUGUGGGUACUCGCUUCUUCGAGUCAUCAAGCAUAGCGGGAAGUCUAGAAUUGAAACCAAUGUUGUUGAAGUUGAUAAAUUUGAUAUUCUAAUAGUGAGAAUCCCUGAGCCAUUAACUUUUACCAACGCCGAGGCCAUUCGUCUGAAAAUGAUGCGUAUUAAUGGUGAACUUAACAAUUGUAUAUCUGCUAUUGUCAUAGACAUAAGUAACAUGGCUUCUAUUGAUAGCUCAGCAUCACAAAUUUUGAACGAGACGAUUCAAAAGUUUGUGAGGCGAGGGGUUGUUCUGUGGGUAUGUGGACCAAAUUUGGCGUAUGAAACUCUGAUUCUGCCUCCUCCAAAUGCUUUUCUUAGAAGAUUGGACGUCUUGAAAGAUAUUCAAUUUGCAAAUAGCGUCGAUGAGGUUUUGGAUAUUAUUCGCAGUACUGUUGAUGAUCUUCCAGUUAUAGAAGAUGCAGACACGAUGUCGUUGUAUAGUAGAUCAUAUAUGCAAUUGGAAGCCUUGUAA